UGGGUCAGUUACCUGCGGAGACUGGCAGUGUGAGGACGGGUUCCGGGGUCGCUGCUCUGUCUGUCUGUCGAUCGUUUCGAGGUGUGACAGCAGAAGCAGGUCUAGGUCUCUCAGGUCUCCUCGUUCAUUUUGAUCUAUAGGGCAGCUUCUAUGCCAAGCUGCCGGUGAGAGGGGAUUUCGAGAGAUAUGAGCUUCCGGGCAUGAUACCAGUGCCACGGAUGACAUUCCAGUGACUUGGGAGGAUGUAUGAAUGGUGACGGUUUCCAGUAGAUCCUCGAUAUUGGAAAACUUUUAUUUUUCUGUUGAAAAUACCGAGGAAGGGGGGGAAAAGUUGGGGAUACAUUCUGUUGGUUUCUGAAUCUACUUUUCAAAAAGCGAAUGGAUUUCCUAUUUGGAGGAUGACGUCUUUCAAGUGCAGUCAUGUGGACUUUAUCGAGGAAGAAAAUUGAAGUUUAUUUUUUUUAUUCACUCGAAGUAAUGGGAUCUGAAUAAUCGAGGGAGUUAUUGCUCAGAAAUAUUAUCCUUUAGAAUGAAGCAAACUGACGCCUUAUGACGUUUUAAGAGACGAUGCGACGAAGCAGCAGCCAACUGCUUACGAACCAUGCAUCGAAGGACACACUCGUUCAUCUAAGAGUCACUCUCGUCGCAUGAGAGGUUUUUCGUUCGAAUAAAUCUGAAGAGGAAAAGUUGAAGAUAGUGUCAGUCGAGUGAGAGUCGAUUCUGCCUCGUGUUUUUGUUAGCCAGUGUUGUGAUAAGUGCCAAAUACUGUGAGUGCCACGAUGAAGGUCUUAUUCGCGCUUUUCGUCUUAUACGUCGUGACAGCUGAUGGAGCCAAACCUAAAGUUCGGAUUGGACUCGAACACAGUCCCCUAACGAGCGUCCAGGCGGUAGAGGGUGACAAAGUCCUCCUUCCCUGUGAUGUGCGGCCUCCUGAACCAGACGAUGAUACUAUUCUAGUACUUUUCUACAGAGGAUCGAUUGGGACCCCUAUAUACAGCAUUGACGGACGCAACGGCCCUGUACGCCAGGCCCACCACUGGUCCGACGAAAACACGCUCGGCAAGAGAGCCUACUUCGACCUCUCCGCCAAUCCUUCGGGUCUCGUCAUCAACCCUGUCAGAUCCUCGGACCACGACAUGUACCGGUGUAGGACCGACUUCCGGUCCUCUCCGACCAAAAACGUUAGAGUUCAGUUACAGAUAAUUGUUCCCCCGAGGCGUAUGAGGAUCGUGACGGAAGCCGGGGUCGACGUCAGCGGAGUCAUAGGUCCUUAUCCGGUCGGUGCAUCGCUCAAGCUGCAGUGCAUAGUCGAAGGAGGCCAACCGAGACCCCACCUGAUUUGGUGGAACGAAAACAAAUUGCUGGACGACGUGGCGGAGGAGAAACUGAAAGAGGUCACGGUCAAUACCCUCACUCUGCCCUCGCUCUCCCGCGGUGACCUUUAUAAGGUGUUCACCUGCCAGGCCUCGAAUUCGAACAUAUCAGCCGCCUUGGCUGCUGCUGUUACGCUGGAUAUGAGCUUCCCACCUCUGGAUGUGCGGAUUCACGGAGACGUCAACCGUCCAUUCUCCGAGGGAGAGAGGUAUCAGAUCGUCUGCGAAUCAUCUGGAUCUCGGCCCACGGCUACAAUCACCUGGUGGAAGAACAGCAUCCUCAUGACAGAUGCCAGGACGCAGGUAUUCCAGGAAGGGAACGUCAGCAGAUCGACCCUACACCUGAUGCCCUCACUAUCUGACGACGGUGUCCACAUCUCCUGCAGGGCCAAAAACCCCUUGGUACCGGCUGCCGUCAUGGAGGACUCGAUUAAGCUCAAAGUUCAUUACACGCCGAGACUGUCCUUGGCAGCCGGGCAGAACUUGGACAUGGAGGACAUAAAGGAAGGAGACGACGUCUACUUCGAGUGUGGGAUUCUGGCGAAUCCGAAAGUAUUCAAAGUCCAGUGGUUCCAUAAUGGCGAAGAGAUCUGCCAAAACGUGACAGCGGGAGUAAUUCAGAGCAACCAAAGCCUCGUCCUCCAACGCGUGACGAAAUCUUCCUCGGGGCAGUACACCUGCGCAGCAUCGAACCUGCACGGAAGCAGCAGCUCGAACGCUGUCCAGCUCAGCGUCAAAUUUUCUCCGCUGUGUCGCUCCGGUCAGAAAAUUGUUUAUGGUGCUGGCAAGGAGGAAGAAUUGAACAUCACCUGUAGCAUUGAAGCUCAUCCUGAACCAACACACUACAGAUGGGCCUUCAAUACUUCAUCCGAAGUUAUGGACCUUCCGUCAGACCGCAUCUGGGUCGUUGGGAAAGGACGCAGUCAGGCGUCCUACACUCCACACUCUCAUCAGGACUACGGUUCUCUCCUCUGCUGGGCGGAGAACGACGUAGGGAUGCAGGUGAAGCCUUGCAUAUACCAUAUCAUACACGCAGCGCCACCUGACCCCGUGAACAACUGCACAGUGGAGAACGUCAGUUCGACAAGCGUCGACGUCCAAUGCCAGGCUGGCUGGGACGGGGGCCUGUCGCAGACCUUCACGCUCUCCGUCAGCCACGCCAACGGACAGACCCGAGGGCAGGACAAGAAGGAGGAGGCUCCGCGGGUCCUGGCGAAUACCUCCACGUCCCCGAGGCCUCAGUUCAGCCUCAUGGGGCUCCAGCCGGGGACGGAAUACAUCCUCACCAUCAUGGGAGUCAACAAGAAGGGGCAGAGCGAGGCUGUCAGAAUGGCCAUCUUCACCUUGCAAGACAAGGCGGAGAAGAGGACGAGUCCAGUCAAGGGCAGCGGGAUGGCCAUGACCUCUCUUGUGGGCGUGGUAGUGGGAGUCCUGACCUCGCUCCUGGUGACGGCCCUCGUCAUACUGGCUGUGGUGAGGUCAAAGCGAGGCCAGAUCCGUAAGCCCGAGGUCAAGAUGGUGUACCACAAGGGGCCCGGCUGUUCGUCAAGAGGUAAUGACGAAGAAGGAGGUGCAGAUGAUCCCAACCCGGAUGUUAUACCAGUCAAUGAUGACCAUCAGGUCUCAACGCCAGAAACCUCCCAACAGCCACAACAGCAGCAGGUAAACAUCGUGAAGGGUGUCGUCUUGGACCAACAACAAGCUCCCCGAACGAUAGACAUGUACAGCGAUCCUAACAAGCAGCAGGUCAUGAAGGACUACCUCCAGGGACACGACGGAUCGUUCUAUAUAAAUCCGGGGACACUCAUGAAGCAGAAAACUGGAGGCCUGCCUCUUGAUCCAGAUCCAAUGUCUUUAAUGGGCUGCCCUCUGGCCGCUUCCACGCCCACGGCAAUCAGCACAGCACCGGCUGUGUACAGCCCUCACGAAGGGCCCUUGACCACGCUGUCGAGGCAGCCGCCCCCGUAUGGAGCAACUGUGUCCAGCCCUGUGAUCACGCCCUACUCUCAUCCAGUUGCUCCUGGGCCCCACUCAUACGUGCCCCAGUACGAGCACACCCCAGCGGCAGCAGCAGCAGCUACUUCCACUUACAACCCAGAGCUAGGUUUCAUGCCCUUACCCACAUCCUACACCCAAGACUUCCCGCCGGACCCGUUGUCGAAGUCCUACGGCUCUGAGAUCGAGGCCCUACCGCCUUGCUACGCCGAGUAUAACCUCAGCCUUGGCAGGAAAAAGAGACAAGCCAUGGGUUGCGGCAGCGGCCCGCUAGGUAGUAAGACCGGCAUUUCUCACGCUUCCACGUUUUCCAUGGGUCCAUCUGUAGGGCAAGGCGGUGGCUGCUCUCCGGAGGGGCUGACGGGAUGUCCUGUGGGGCAAGAUACCUCCGCGGCGGGGGGACCCUGGCCCCAUCAACCUGCAGAGAGGGAUCCGGGGAGCCCCCAGCAUCGGGAGAGCUCAGUUUAGCAUCAUAGUUUUUUGUUAAUGCCAUACGAAGAGUUUUUAUCUAUUGUGAAUUUUGCAUUACCACUUAUAAGUUAAAGACGAGAUCACCAAAUAUCGCCGUACACUGAUCUCCAGAGGACACCCCAGAUAUACUGAGUAAAAAAACAAAAAAACAAAAAACAAAAACAGAAGAAAAAAAAUCGCAUCGUGAGACUGUUUGUAUGUUGUCUUGGUGUGUAUUGCUGUCGGAAAAGAAGUCACUCACUCUCUGCCGAAGGUCAACCUCAAGCUCAAGGAGUUGUUGUCUUGUUCAUCAUAUCCUGUGAUGUUGGAUUACAAUAGGAAGCAAUAUUCGUGCAUCUACCAGACUCGGUUUCCUUCCGCCAUAUUUCAGUGUUUCCUGUAGAGUUCUGACUCUGUUGGUGCUAUGUUUGUUUAUAUCCUUUACUUUUCAUGUUGUAAACUCACUGACUCCUCGGUUUUUUAAUCACUUAGUCAGCAGUCAUUGCAUUUUAUAGGAACUUCAGACCUAUUCCAAAACUAAGUAUUCCAAAACUAAGUAUUUCCACUUAACUUUAAUUUCGCUAAAUUAUAAUAACAGGAAUUGUUUCUUUUGUAAUGGACGACUCUUUUUAUUUUAAUGGAAGAUACUUUUGCAAUUUUCAAAAACGACUCAUAAUAUUGAUUGUUAUUAUAUCUAUUUCGAAAUUAAAUACACCACUAAAGACAUUUUCUUACGAUCACCGACAUACCAAACAUGAUUACGUGA